AUGAUGGAAGUGCGUGAUUUGAAUCGUAAGAUCGAUAAGCUUAAUCGAUUUUGUUUACAAACCGAACAAGCAAUGACACAUUUGGAGGCACUACGGAUCGUUGCCAGAACGGAAGCAGAAAUUACCGCUUUGAAAAGUGACUUGAAAAAAGAGAAGACAAGAAUCAAUCAUUUUUUGAAGUUUGAGAAUAAUUCACCCGACGGUGCCGCCCUGUCUUCAUCGAUUCUAAACCAAGAUGAAUUCCGGCGACAAGAUCAGUUUGAUGCCGAGAGAGAAAGACUGGAAGAAGUUGCUUUAGAGGAAUUUCUCAUCAUAAUUGGUGCCCAGAAAGCUAUUCAGCCGCAUUUGGAAGUGGAAAAUUCUAGUCGUAAAUCGCGUCGUACAAACCAGUAUCUUUCUGUUUAUGAUCAAUUUCUGAUU